AUGAAUUACCCGGGCCACGGGUCUUCGCGGAGCUCCGAGCGUAACGGCGGCCGGGGCGGCGACGGCGCCGCCUGGGAGCUGGGCUCGGACACGGAACCGGCGUUCGGGGGCAGCGUCUGCCGCUUCGACCACCUGCCCGCCGGGGACCCUGGCGAUGACGAGGUGCCCCUGGCCCUGCUGCGCGGGGAGCCGGGGCUGCACUUGGCGCCGGGAGCGGAGGAUCACAGCCAUCACCUGGCGCUGGACCCCUGCCUCAGUGACGAUAACUAUGACUUCAGCUCGGCCGAGUCGGGCUCCUCGCUGCGCUACUACAGCGAGGGCGAGAGUGGAGGCGGCGGCAGCUCCUCGUCGCUGCACCCGCCUCAGCAGCCGCCGCUGGUCCCGUCGAACUCGGGGGGCGGCGGGGCGGCUGGAGGAGGCCCCGGGGAGAGGAAGCGCACCCGGCCCGGCGGCGCGGCCGCCCGGCACAGAUACGAGGUGGUGACGGAGCUGGGCCCGGAGGAGGUGCGCUGGUUCUACAAGGAGGACAAGAAGACCUGGAAGCCCUUCAUCGGCUACGACUCGCUCCGCAUCGAGCUCGCCUUCCGAACACUGCUGCAGGCCACGGGGGCCCGAGCCCGGGCCCAAGACCCGGACGGCGACCAUGUGUGCGGCCCGGCCUCCCCCGUGGGUCCGGCCUCCAGCUCGGUGGAGGACGAAGACGAGGACCGCGUCUGCGGCUUCUGCCGGCGCAUUGCGGGGCACGGGCGCGAGAUGGAGGAGCUGGUGAACAUCGAGCGGGUGUGUGUGCGGGGCGGCCUCUACGAGGUGGAUGUGACCCAAGGAGAAUGCUACCCGGUGUACUGGAACCAGUCUGAUAAAAUACCAGUAAUGCGUGGACAGUGGUUUAUUGAUGGUACCUGGCAGCCACUAGAAGAAGAAGAAAGUAAUUUAAUUGAGCAAGAACAUCUUAGCCGUUUUAGAGGUCAGCAGAUGCAGGAAAGUUUUGAUAUUGAAGUGUCGAAACCCAUAGAUGGAAAAGAUGGCAGUGGGAUCAACUAUUCUGUUGUCUACCACCUCCCUCCCUUCUCCCUCCCUUCUCUGUUCAAAUGGAGAGGAUAUAAGGAGAGUACAGAGGCAGCAGGUCUUAAACGAAAGCGUUCCCAAGCUAUUCAUAGUUUCAAAUUGAGUCGAAACCACGUGGACUGGCACAGUGUGGAUGAAGUAUAUCUUUAUAGUGAUGCAACAACAUCUAAAAUUGCAAGAACAGUUACUCAAAAACUGGGAUUUUCUAAAGCAUCAAGUAGUGGGACCAGGCUUCAUAGAGGUUAUGUAGAAGAAGCAACAUUAGAAGACAAGCCAUCUCAGACUACCCAUAUCGUAUUUGUUGUGCAUGGCAUUGGACAGAAAAUGGACCAAGGAAGAAUUAUCAAAAAUACUGCCAUGAUGAGAGAGGCUGCAAGAAAAAUAGAAGAAAGGCAUUUUUCCAACCAUGCAACACAUGUUGAAUUUCUGCCUGUUGAGUGGCGGUCAAAACUUACUCUGGAUGGAGACACUGUUGAUUCCAUUACUCCAGACAAAGUGCGAGGUUUAAGGGAUAUGUUAAACAGCAGUGCAAUGGACAUAAUGUAUUAUACUAGCCCACUGUAUAGAGAUGAACUAGUUAAAGGCCUUCAGCAAGAGCUCAAUCGAUUAUAUUCCCUUUUCUGUUCCCGGAAUCCAAACUUUGAGGAAAAAGGGGGUAAAGUCUCAAUAGUGUCACAUUCCUUGGGAUGUGUGAUCACUUAUGACAUAAUGACUGGCUGGAAUCCAGUUCGACUCUAUGAACAGUUGCUGCAGAAGGAAGAAGAGUUGCCUGAUGAACGAUGGAUGAGCUACGAAGAACGCCAUCUUCUUGAUGAACUCUAUAUAACAAAACGACGGCUGCGAGAAAUUGAAGAACGGCUACAUGGAUUGAAAGCAUCAUCUAUGACACAAACACCUGCCUUAAAAUUUAAGGUUGAAAAUUUCUUCUGUAUGGGAUCCCCACUAGCAGUUUUUUUGGCAUUACGUGGCAUCCGCCCAGGAAACACUGGAAGUCAAGACCAUAUUUUGCCCAGAGAGAUUUGUAACCGAUUACUAAACAUUUUUCAUCCAACAGAUCCAGUGGCUUACAGAUUAGAACCGUUAAUACUGAAACACUACAGCAACAUUUCACCUGUGCAGAUCCACUGGUAUAAUACAUCCAAUCCUCUACCUUAUGAGUAUAUGAAGCCAAGCUUUCUUCACCCAGCAAAAGAUCCUACCUCAAUUUCAGAGAAUGAAGGCAUCUCAACAAUACCAAGCCCUGUGACUUCGCCAGUCUUGUCUCGCCGACACUAUGGGGAAUCUAUAACAAAUAUAGGCAAAGCAAGCAUAUUAGGGGCUGCAAGCAUUGGAAAGGGACUUGGAGGAAUGUUGUUCUCAAGAUUUGGACGUUCAUCUGCAUCACAGCCAUCUGAGACAUCAAGGGACUCCAUAGAAGACGAGAAGAAGCCAGUUGCCUCACCACCCAUGACCACCGUGGCAACACAGACCCUCCCACACAGCAGUUCUGGCUUUCUUGACUCUGCAUAUUUCAGACUUCAAGAAUCGUUCUUUAAUCUCCCACAACUUCUUUUUCCGGAAAAUGUAAUACAGAAUAAAGAUAAUACCCUCGUGGAACUGGAUCACAGAAUUGACUUUGAACUCAGAGAAGGCCUUGUGGAGAGCCGCUAUUGGUCAGCUGUCACGUCGCAUACUGCCUAUUGGUCAUCCUUGGAUGUUGCCCUCUUCCUGUUAACCUUCAUGUACAAACACGAGCACGAUAAUAAUGUGAAACCAAGUUUAGAUCCAGUCUGAACCCUUGAAGGACAUUAAUGGCCCAAAACUGAUUUUUUCUUGUUAAAUAUGUGUGUCAAGAUAUGAAAGCUUCAGGUUUAAGUAUGUUUCAGUUUUGUUUAGGGCAAGAAAUAUUUGAAUUUGAAAGCACUUUAUUUUAUUUAAAAAAGCAAAACAAAUGUUCAGUUCGAAAGAAGUUUAUAUAAUUCUCAUCAUUUUAAUUAUGAGUCUGACAGAACCCCCUGCAGAGAAUCAAGGAAGACCUGGGAUUGAGGAAGAUUACGGUAACCUGCAAGUUUAUAAAUCACAAUCUAAUUUCUCC